AGAAAUUGUAUUUAUAUGUGAGUGUAUUGCAUACAUGUAGAGAAAUACAUCAUCUGAUUGCAAGACUCUGGAGUAUGCCGUCCCCUCCACAAUCUGAAAGUGUCUUCGGGUUUAAUCAGAACAGCGUGAGAAUCAGUCGCCUAUUGGUGGUUGGACGAGACUUGUAUCCUGAACGAACGACUGUGUGUUUUGUAUAUAUAUAUUAAAUGUGUUCGUGUUGGUGUUGGACAGCAGUCGGAUAGGAUCAAAACAACGCGAAGAGUUUAUUUAUUUUUUUUUCUGUUCUGUUGCAAAUUUAUCCAAAAUUAUGGAGACGGAGGAUGAAGUGAUCUAUCCUCGCGCUGUCACGAUUUUCGCAUCGGUUUGUGCGAUCAUCUUCUGCGUUGUGGGUGUAGCGGGUAACUUGAUUACGAUACUGGCCUUAACCAGGUGCCCGAAAUUGCGCACACAUCCGACCACAUAUUUCGUCCUGUCCCUGUGCAUCUCGGACUUCAUCUUCUGCUUGAUCAACAUGCCAAUCACAGCCACCAGGUACAUCCAGGAGGAGUGGACACUCGGAGAGGAUCUUUGCAAACUGUUUCCGGUCCUGUUCUAUGGGAACGUUACGCUUUCGGUUUUGAAUAUGGUUGCAAUCACAAUAAAUAGGUACGUUUUAAUUUCGUGCAACCAAUACUAUAGUAGGCUGUACUCGAAGAUCUCCAUAUACGCGCAGCUGGCCUUUAUUUGGACCAUUUCCUUUGUAAUACUGUUACCCCCAUUGUUGGGUGUAUGGGGUGACCUGGGCCUAAACAAAACCACGUUUUCCUGUACAAUAUUGAAAAACGAGAACGGCUCCCCCAAGGACGCCAUCUUCAUAGUCGGCUUCGUUUUGCCAUGCGUCGUCAUCAUCACCUCGUACAGCUGCAUCUUCUGGAAGGUCAGGGCUUCCCGCAAGAACCUCGAAGCUCACAGGAAGCCAAGUGACAAAAGGAGUAUGAGGAAGGAACGGGAUGAUCGCCGCUUAACGAAUCUGAUGGUCAUCAUCUUCAUCUGCUUCCUGUCAUGUUUCCUUCCGCUGAUGAUCGUAAACGUUUCGGUGGACGAAAUGAACUUCCCUACGCUGCAUGUUUUAGCAUCAAUUCUGGCAUGGUUCUCCAGCGUGAUCAACCCCUUCAUCUACGCCGGAAGCAACCGGCAGUACCGUGAAGCGUACGCGAAGCUACUGCACCUGGUGAAGAACACGGUCAGCUUUUCCGAGUCCAGACACCUCUCCGACGUGACAAAUCCUACGCACAAAACGCCAAAUAGUAGUAACCAGAACUACGCACCUGUACCUGUUAAAACGACUGCGAACAUUUAGCCCACCCAAGAGCAACCUUUAACCCUGAUCGCACAUUCCUAAUCUUAAGCACACACGAGUUAUUGACAUAUCUUCUUCGAAAACAAAUAGUAAACAAGAAAAAAAAAAGACUGAUAACUUAUUUGUGCCAUAGGAUAAUAUACAGCAUUAUAUUAUGUUCAUUUAGAUAAGCUCAAAGAAAAAGAAACAACAUACUUCGGCAGGCUGAGUCGUAAUUUUAGUUACCAAUUGUUAUGU